AUGCUAAUAAAAUAUGUUACAAAGUCGUUUUUCUCAUAUUAAAACCAUUGGAUCAUACCAAGAUUUCAAACUCUACUAUUCUGUUGGGUAUAUAAUAAUGAUAAUAGAAGCAAAAUCAAGACCUACCCACCAAAGACCGAAGAAAUAUGAGGUCAACUACAAUCUUCAUUAUUCCUUCUUUUACCAAGAAAUUAUACCAUAUCUAAUUAUCAAUGGAAAUCAAAAUCAAAUGGCCAAAUAAAACAAACAAAAAUCUCAAAACCCCAAUUCAAUUAAUUCUAGCUCUCUCAAGCAUGAAAAACCUCAAUAUCAUCAUCAUCUUUAUACUCUCUGUAUUGAUCUUCCCAUCUUUCUCUUUAGCCAUUGAUACCGUUACAUCUUCUAAUCCACUGACCAUAAACCAAACUCUGGUGUCUAAGGGUGACGUUUUUGAGCUGGGCUUCAUCAAUCCAGCCGAUAAAGGUAACUUAUACGUAGCUAUUUGGUACAAGAAUGUCGAGCCAAGAGUAUACGUUUGGGUAGCUAACAGAGACAACCCCAUUACCUCAUCAAAUGGUACAAUAUUAACUAUAGGAGAAAACGGCAACAUAGUACUACUAUCUAAUAAUGAAACAGGAGUAACCGGUGUUUGGUCAUCCAACCAAUCUGUUUCGGGUCCAAACACCGUGGCACAACUUCUUGACGAUGGUAAUUUCGUUUUACGACCCGAGAAUAAUGAUGACCCCGAGAGUUAUAUUUGGCAAAGCUUUCAUUAUCCCACGGAUACGCUUUUGCCGGGGAUGAAACUUGGUUGGACCCGUGACGCGGGUGUGAACCGGUUUUUGCAAUCAUGGAAAUCGGAUAAUGACCCGGGUAGUGGCGCGUAUACAUUCAAGAUGAAUAUUGAUGGUUUCCCAGAGAUUUUUUUGUAUAAAGAGGGAACGGAAGUAAUGUAUAGAAGUGGACCGUGGAAUGGAAAAAGGUUUAGUGGAGUACCGGAGAUGAAAACCGUGAGUGCGAUUGAGUUCGAGUUUCAGAAUAAUUCGGAUGAGAUUACAUACCAGUUUGAGUUGAAGGAUAGGUCGGCUUUUUCAAGAUUGGUUAUGGAGUCUUCGGGUAAGCUUAAACGUUUAACGUGGCUUGAAACAUCGCGCACAUGGAGCGAAUUCUGGUACGCUCCGCGUGACAGAUGUGACGAUUAUAGAGAAUGUGGGACUUUUGGCGUUUGUGAUACAAACGCCAAUUCGGUUUGUAAAUGUAUGAAGGGAUUCCAACCAAAAGACCAAGAAGCUUGGGAUCAACGAGACGGGAAGGCCGGGUGUGUCCGGACCUCCAAGCUGGAUUGCGGGUCGGAUGGAUUUUUGGCUUUGAACAACAUGAAAUUGCCCGAGAGUAGCAGAGUGUUUGUUGAUAAGACAAUGGGUUUGAAUGAUUGUCGUGAGAUUUGUAAGAGGAACUGUUCGUGUACUGCUUAUGCUAAUAUGAAUAUUUCGGGUACUGGGUCGGGUUGUGUGAUUUGGGCUGUGGAUCUUUUGGAUAUGAGAGAGUACGCUGAAUCUGAAGGAAGUGGACAAGAUCUUUACGUUAGAGCUGCAAAAUCUGAUUCUGACCCGCCACCAGGUUCUUCUAAAAGUGGUUCAAGCAACAAUGUUGCUAAAAUCGUGGCCAUUACAGUCGGUAGUUGUGCAGCUCUAAUAAUAUUACUAAUACUCUUUUACUUCAAGAGAAAGAAAAUGCAACGCUUGAAGGGCUCCCAGAUAGAUAAAAGAGGUCCACAUGAAAGAAGCCAAGAUUUCUUGAUGUAUGAAGGAAAUAUAGCACUAAGCAAAAAAGAUUAUGCCGGUGAAACAACUCAAGAACUCGAAUUACCUUCAUUUGAUUUUACGACAUUAGCUAAAGCAACAAACUACUUCUCCGAUACAAAUAAACUCGGGCAAGGAGGAUUUGGAUGCGUUUAUAAGGGUAUUUUAACGGAAGGCAAAGUUGUAGCUGUAAAGAGGCUCUCAAGAACUUCCGGCCAAGGAAUUGAAGAACUAAGAAACGAGGUCAUAUUAAUCGCAAAACUUCAACAUAGAAACCUCGUUCGAUUACUUGGUUGUUGUAUCGAGGUGGAAGAAAAGUUGUUGGUUUAUGAGUACAUGGAAAACAAAAGUCUCAACGCGUUUCUUUUUGAUAAACAAAAAAGUGCACAACUUAAUUGGAGAAAACGAUUCAGUAUUAUAUGUGGGAUUGCUCGAGGGCUUCUUUAUCUUCAUGAAGAUUCGAGGUUUAGAAUCAUUCAUAGAGAUCUUAAAGCAAGUAAUAUUUUGCUUGAUAAAGAUAUGAACCCAAAAAUAUCUGAUUUUGGUAUGGCCCGAAUUUUUGGGGGAGAUCAAACCGAAGCAGAAACAAAGAAAGUGGUCGGAACACAUGGUUAUAUGGCACCAGAAUAUGCAAUGGAUGGUCAUUUCUCAAUAAAAUCAGACGUUUUCAGUUUCGGGGUUUUGGUUUUGGAGAUAGUGACUGGUCAAAAGAAUAGAGGCUUUUACUACGCAAGUAACCAACUUAACCUCCUCGGACAUACAUGGAGAUUAUGGAACGAAGGCAAUCCUUUAGAAUUACUCGAUGCAUCCAUAGGGGCUGAAUUUUCGACGGGUGAAGUAUUGAGAUGCAUAGAAAUAGGAUUGUUAUGUGUUCAAGAACAUGCAGAAGACAGACCAAAUAUGUCAAAAGUGAUGUUAAUGUUGAGCAGCAACACUGAAGCCAUGCCACAACCGAAGUAUCCUGGCUUCUCUCUUGGAAGGAGACAUUCGGAAGUAGGGUCAUCCAGCAAACAAGAUGAAUCCUUGACGGUGAACGAGGCCACCCUCACUAUACUAGACGGCAGGUAGCCAAAGCCAUAGGUUCGCUAUCAUCUAACACCGAUUGUACAUCAUAUUCUUAUCUUUCCUUGGAGUUAUUUUUGUCCAUCAUUGUUCACUCAACAAAGGGAAAUUUCAACAACCAGAGUGAAUGUUUAUACAUGAUUUUUGUCAUACACAUUAAUUGAAUUAUUCAAUUGUGUGCUUCUAAGCAUUUUUCAAAUUGUAGUCUUUAUAAACAGAUAAUCUUGUAUAUAUACUUUGUGUGAUUUUGAUAUUAAUACACCACCAAUUGGUAAUUUACUGUUUAA